AUGGCUACAGAACCAGCAUGGAAAAGACUUGGUCUUAAGAUCAAUGAAAACCGUGAGAAUACGUCCUUCUCUAGUGUUGUUCAUUUAGAAAGUGCCAAUGUGGAUAAGCAACUCGCAAAGAAACUCAACAAGAAGAGACACAGAGAAGAGGAGAACAAGAAGAAGAAUUCUAAAGAAAAGAAACCUCCAAAGAGAGCCAAGGUGCCUAAAUCUGAAAGAAAACCACCUCCAGAGAAGGACCAACUUGCAUACCUUCGUCAAUACGCUACAGACAAGGAAAACUGGAAGUUCAGCAAGCAGAAACAAAACUGGAUCUUGAAGAACUUGGACUCUAUUCCCAAUGAAUAUGAAGGUAACCUCAUUUCUUAUAUUGAAGGUAUUCAAGGUGGUGCUCGUGACAGGCUCGUGGAGCAGUUGACCGAGGUUGCAAACCAAUGGAAUGAGGUUUGCAAAGCUAUAGAAGAUAAGGUUAAUGCUGAGCUUUAUGGUGAUGGAAAAACAGAUGCCGAAAAUGAGGACUCUGAAAAGAAGGAAGAGGAGGAUAAGAAGGAAGGUCCACAAGUUACUCGUGAGCAUGCCAUAAGAACGAAGAAACUUCUACAUGCACUUACUGAUGAACCUGUUGAGUUUUUGGGCUUGACUGAGGAGGAGGAAAGCGAAUCCACCGAAGCUCAAAAGGGAACGCAGGAAUCCGAGACCAAGGAAAAUAAGGAAGAAGACAAGGACGAAGAAAAGGCUGAGGAUAACAGCGAGGAAGCACAGAAGGAAAGUCUGGAGGGAAAGGACGCCCCAAACCCAGAGUCUGACGACGAGAAGUCCGAAGAGAAGGGCGACCAACCAGAAGACAAUCUUAUCAUUGAACGUGUUGACGUUGAAGACUACUUCGAGGACUCAGACCCCGAGCCACCUAAAAAGAGCAAAAGCAGUUCGAAAAGUAAGUCAAAGAGCUCCAAGAGCAAAAGCAAGCUGAGCAAACACCGCAAGGCAUCUGAUGCAUCUAAAUAA